GAUAUGGUGAAGUGAUCAUGGCGGGAUACAUGAAAAUGACAACCUGCUACCUCACAACAAGUGUUCAACUAAUGCUGUUUACUGUGCUCCUUACCUGUUUGCCUGGAGCCUCACACCAGAAUACUGAAAACAAUCAUUCAAUACGUGAUCUGUGGGAUGGAGAGGCGAUCACCAUAUCGGGGCCCAACCGAUUCUGUCACAGAAACACCAUUGUGCCAACCUGGAGACAAACAUGGACAAGAAUUCAGGUCAAAGUGUGGAGCAAAGAUGUGUUUAAGGUGGUGACAGUGGAGGGUGAGGAGGAGCUGCAGCAGCUGGAUCGCUUCAGCAUUUUGGGAUGGUUUCAGAGUUUGCUACGCGAGAAGCACAAUGAAACCAGCAUUAAUGUUAACCUGUACAACAAGAAGAUAUGCUUCAAGGUCGACCCUGCUGGAAAAACUCAAUACACCGUCAAGCUGCUUCGCAAGUUUGAUGUCUAUCUGUUUCUGGUGUUCCUCGCGGGAGGGUUGUUGUUUUUCUUUGCUGACUCACUCAGCAGGAGUCAGGCUUUUUUCUACUCUGCUGGUAUGGGCACAGGCAUGAUCGCCUCUCUCAUCAUCCUCUUUUUUAUUCUGGCACGCCUUAUGCCCAAGAAAAGUCCCUUUUAUGUGUUGAUAGUAGGAGGCUGGUCAUUUUCUGUCUACGCCAUCCAGCUCGCUUUCAGGAACCUCAGCAUAAUUAUGCAGGAGCACUGGCACGCAGCGUUAGGUUAUGUAGUCGUGGUGGGGUUCAUCAGUUUUGCAGUGUGCUAUCGGUAUGGUCCGCUGGUUGACCAGAAGAGCAUCAACAUCCUGUCCUGGACGCUGCAGCUGUUCGGUCUACUGUUGAUUUAUUUAGGGAUUCAAAUUCAGCGGGUUGCCUUAACUGUCAUUUUGGCGGCUGUGAUCGCCAAAUAUCUGGAAUAUCCGGUGGUCCUGGCCGUGUCUGCAUAUAGGAAGAUGAGGCGGUACGUGCGGUGGAAGCCGGAGCCGCGCCGCCUGCUGACUGAGGAGGAGUACCAGAAGCAGGGCGAGGAAGAGACCCGGCGUGCUUUGGAAGAACUGCGGAAACAAUGCAACAGCCCGGAGUUCAGCCCAUGGAAGGCCGUGUCUAGACUUCAGUCUCCUAAAAGGUUUGCAGAUUUCGUCGAAGGAUCCCCCCACUUGAUGCCGAACGAGGUGUCCGUCCACGCUCAGGAGUACGGCUUCGGAGGAUCUUUUUUUGAAGAUGAAAUUUUCGACACCGACGACGACGAUGAUGAAGAGGACAUUAAAGGAUUUGUGAAGCCAGAGUGAGGCUACACAGCAAAGGACUGUGUCUCAGAGCAGAGACUGGUUGUAGCCUCUCAGAGGGGUGGUGUGAAAGCAGCUCUCGAACGCUGGAGAAUGGAUUCAAAUCCAAAGGGGAUGUUCAGGGAAAAAAAAAAAAAACCCUGAACAUCGAAGACAGAAUGAGAGGUCAAAAUGUUUGCUUUUUCCUGUUGCACUACAGCUUUAUUUUGAAACAAGGUUUAAAAAUUUGGUGAAACUGAGUGAUUGAGACGAUUUGGGGUCGAGUUUUCAAAGCAUGUUGUAUUUCCAGCCUCUCGGGUUCUUGUGAGAGUGACGGCAACCAGGCACAUCACUGUGAUUUACAGAUUCUGUACUGUUAAGCAAAAGAGGAGCGAUGUUUGUUUUCCACACAUUUCUUUUAAUGGACAUCUGUAGAUGUGAUUUAGAUUAUUUUGAAUUAAAAAAAUAUAUGUUUUUGAGACAUGGCAGCUUCAUUUGUGUUGCACAUUUCAACAACAGCGCAAGAAGUGCUUGAGGUAAAGCCCGACCAACAAAAAUACCAGGGAAACGGCUGGAAACCAGGAUCAGGAUUUUUUUACUCUUCUGAAGUGAAGCGGUUUCAGGUUCUUGAGCAACAAAGAAUGUCCUUAUAUGGCGUUAUCUCUUUCUUACAGUCUCAAAACGCUCAACACAAUCAGACGCAUGUGAAGUCUUUCUGAAACUAGUCUAUGGAAUUUGCUAAAAUGUCUAUUAUAUCAGUCUAAAGGAAGAAGCAGGGAUAAUGCUGCUGUUCUCAGUAUUAGGAGGGAAAAUAAAUCAUUCAGAAAGUAUUCACACAACCUUAUUCCGAAGUCCAUUCAAUUUUUCUCUCAAAAUUUGACAUAACGAAUAAUGGCAUGAUUUGAGGCUGUAGCUGCUCCCGAAGGAGCAUCAACAAAGCA